AUGUGCUUCAAGAUUCUCCCUGGACUUGCCAUCAUGCUUGCAUGCUUGGUCAUCCCCACAGUGGCCACUGCUUGCAUCUACAAGUUCACUAGUGGUGGCAAGGAAAAGACAGUUGCCCAUUAUAUAUACCAUUGGCAAUUGAUGGAAAGAGAUAGACACAUCUCUGGAGUUAAUCGCUACUAUGUGUCAAAGGGUUUAAAGAACAUUGAUUAA